AUGGCUGGCAAUAAUGAUGACAACCGAGCUUUGGAAGAUUAUGCUCAACCGGUUAUACCAAAUUCCCCUUCGUGCAUCUUGCUACCUACUGAAGCUAGAAAUUAUGAUCUCAAAUCUUCACAUUUUCACAUGCUUCCUUCUUUUUAUGGUUUACCUAACGAAGAUCCAUUAGCCCAUAUUAAGGAAUUCUACAAUGUUGUGAGUGGUUUACCUUUGCAGGGAGUGACUGAAGCAAAUAUGAGGAUGAGGGUGGCUAGUUUGGAAAAGAAGCUCAAUUCUAUGCUCAAUAUGGUGCCUAAGAUAGCUGAGGUGUGUGCCAUUUGCAACAUACCAGGUCAUCCUACUUAUCAAUGCUCGGCUAGUGAGGCUUAUCCCGAAUUCAUUCAAGAGCAAGUGAAUCUCAUCAAUUCUUACAAUCAGAUGCCGAGGAAUGACCCGUUCUCUAAUACAUAUAACCCUGAUUGGAGAGAUCAUCCCAAUCUCUCAUGGAAGAAUAACAAUCAAUUUCAAAAUUUCCAACCAAAGCCUGCCACUACGCUUGAAGAUACGGUCAAAAUGCUAGCUCAAAACACCGUUCAAUUCCAGCAAACUACCAAUAGUACUCUCCAACAACAUUCAGCUGCUCUAACCAAAAUGGAGACACAAUUAGGUCAGAUUGCUGAUGCCUUGAGUCAAAGAGAACCCGGAAUAUUUCCAAGCCAACCGGUGAUACUUCAAAGGAACCAAGAGCAAGCCAAAGCAGUCAUAACACUUAGAAGUGGUAAGGUUAUUAAUAAUGGAGUUGGCAAUGAAGUUACUAAUGAAUAUGAUCAUGUGAGUGCAGGUCCCACUCAAGAAGAGAAUAAGAAACCGAAUGACGAUCCAAGCAAUGCCAUUUCUUCAUUUGAAGCUCCAAAUUUUCACAAGGCUGAACAACCUUAUUCUCCACCCAUCCCAUUUCCUGGAAGACUUGCCAAAAGUAAGCAGGAUAAGAAUAUGCCACUGUAUGGGAAAUUUUUCAAGGAACUAAACACUUAUAAGAGGAAGUAUGGACCUAAUGAGAAGGUGGUGGUGUUUGAAAAUGUGAGUGCUGUGCUUCAAAGAAAGCUCCCACCAAAACUCAAGGAUCCGGGCAGUUUUUCUAUCAAUAUCACCAUUGGAGAUAAGCUAGUUGAAAAGGCUAUGCUUGACUUGGGGGCUAGCAUCAAUUUAAUGCCCUAUUCAUUGUAUCUUCAAUUAGGUUUGGGGGGUUUGAAGGCAACAACUAUUUCAUUGCAACUUGCUGAUCGAUCAGUGAAAUAUCCAAGAGGUAUAGUGGAAGAUAUCUUAGUUCAAGUUGACAAACUAAUUUUGCCUGCUGAUUUUGUAGUGUUGGACAUGGAAGAGGCUCCUUUACAUGAUCGUGAGUUACCUAUUUUGCUUGGGAGACCCUUUAUGGCCACGGCAAAGACGAUCAUAGAUGUGCAAAAUGGUCUCCUCACCAUAACUGUGCUAGGAGAAACUGUACAAUUCAAAGUGUUUGAAUCUCUUUCUCACCCUUCUAGUUCAAUUGAUUGUUGUUCGAUUGAUGUGCUUGAUUCACUUGUUUUCUCUAAGUUUUUGCUGGCACAAUCCAAUGAUCCAUUAUAA